AUGUCGACUGAACAUGUCACUGAGCAUGCAGGGUUCUGGAAGAGAGUGCUGGGAAAACUCUCCACGCAUGGACAUGCGCGAUCCGUGUUCUCGCGACUAUCCCGCUCAGCGCGCGAGCGUCCCGACGAGAGAAUGAACAACCCGGAAGUCCAGUCGGCCCUCAACGACAGCGACUUUGGCCGUAUUGACACCACCGGCUGGUACCCACACUAUAAGAACUGUGUCCAGCACUUUGUCGACUAUAGCCAGCAUACGCCGGCUGUGCAAUCCAUCGCCGCCUUUGUCAACAUCCGACUCCCAUGCCAGCGUCCUGCUGAAAGCGGUGGUUCAUCUUCUGAGUCUGGGUCGCUACCGUUCGUGUCACUGCGGCCUUAUAUUCGUCGAUUGAUUGUUACGGCGCAAGACUCUCCUUCAAUUAUGCAAGGCUUCUUUGGGGGUGACUGGGAGGCUGGUGUGGGGUGCAUCUACAAACAAGAGCGCGCAAACUAUCUCUUCACGGCCAAAAGCAGUGGCUGGGCUUCCACCAAGGCAGCCUACGAUCUCUCACCAGAUGAGCAAACACCCUUCCUGAGACCCCUGCGCGAUCCUUCGGAGGAAGAAAUCCGAGUGGCCGAAGCUCGCUGGAGUGAGUGGCUAGCAAUGGAGGAUUGGAUGGUUGGCGCGCGGACUCCCUGGUAG